AUGCAUCGCAUGAGAAAUAUGAAAGUCAGCUGUCAGAGAGAGCUUUCCACCAGCUGUUUUCAUGUGUUUCUAAACCCAUACAUGUUUCAUUUAACUUUUUCCCUUUCUUGUCUGUCUCUAUUGCUAGGCACUUGUGAUUCACCUCCAAGGUUGAGUUUUGCUGAGCUGCCUGGGGCAGUGAACAAUUCCUAUCCUGUUGGGACCAAACUGAAAUACUCCUGUCGCCCAGGAUACAUGUUGGGCUGUGGAAAGUCUCCUUUUGUUACAUGUCUUGAAAAUUCAACAUGGUCAGUAGACCCUGAGUUUUGUGUAGUCAUAAUUACCCAGGACAAACCCACAACUGUCCCCCCCGAAGGAGCAGAAGUAGCUGGUACUUCCUCAGUGAUGUGCGUGAGCCCAGAAGUGGAGAAUGGAAGAACAAAUGGGGUACAGCCUGCCUACAGACCCAGAGACAUCAUUGUGUUUGAAUGUGACCCUGGUUACACCUUGAGUGGCAGCCCAGAGACUCAGUGCCAAGAUGAUGGUAGAUGGGAUCCUCCUGUCCCUGUCUGUGAAAGAAAGGUUCUCUGCAUUGCCCCAGAAAUCCAGAAUGGAAGAAAAGUAGCUGGACGUGGACCUGUCUAUAGACCCAGGGACACAGUUAGGUUUGAAUGUGAUCCUGGCUACACCCUGAAUGGCAGCCGUCAGAUUCAAUGCCAAGAUGAAGGAACUUGGGAUCCUCCUGUUCCAGCCUGCACAGAGGAGGUUCUCUGCAUCGCCCCAGAAAUUCAACAUGGAAGAAAAGUAGCUGGACGUGGUCCUGUCUACAGAACCAGGGAUAUGGUUAGGUUUGAAUGUGAUCCUGGCUACACCCUGAAUGGCAGCCGUCAGAUUCAGUGCCAAGAUGAUAGAAUCUGGGAUCCUCCUGUUCCAGUCUGCAUACAGGGUAAGUGUGAAUCUAGGCUGACUGCUGGUGACGUGCAUAACCCAGAAGUGGAGAAUGGCAGAACAAAUGGGGUACUACAGCCUGCCUACAGACCCAGAGACAUCGUUGUGUUUGAAUGCAACCCGGGUUACAUCUUGAGCGGCAGCCCCGAGACUCAGUGCCAAAAUGAUGGUAGAUGGGAUCCUCCUGUCCCAGUCCGUGAAAGAAUGUUGCAGUGUCCCUCUCCUCCAGCCAUUGCCAACGGGAAGCCCAGCGGCUGGGACUUGGCAGUGUUCACCAGUGGAAUGUCCGUAAAUUACAGCUGUGAGCCCGGCUACUCCCUAACUGGGCAGGCAUCUAUUUAUUGUACGGCAUCCGGAAUGUGGAGCCCUCCCCCUCCUCGGUGUGAAGAGGUUCUCUGCAUCGCCCUAGAAAUCCAGCAUGGAAGAAAAGUAGCUGGACGUGGACCUGUCUAUAGACCCAGGGACAUAGUUAGGUUUGAAUGUGAUCCUGGCUACACCCUGAAUGGCAGCCAUCAGAUUCAGUGCCAAGAUGACAGAACCUGGGAUCCUCCUGUUCCAGUCUGCAUACAGGCGUUGCCAUGUCCCCCACCUCCGGUCAUUGUCAAAGGGAAGCACAAUGCCAAGCCACUGGCAACUUUCAACAGUGGAACAUAUGUGAACUACAGCUGUGAACCCGGCUACGCCCUCCGUGGAGAGACUUCGAUCUAUUGUACCACAUCUGGAAAUUGGAGCCACCCUUCUCCUCUAUGUGAAGAUGGCUCUGGUGUCCCAACGAGGUUUACCUUUGCUGAGCUGAAGAGCGAGUAUAAAAAUCAGUCUUACUUUCCUGUUGGGAAGACUAUAAACUAUACUUGCCGGCCUGGAUACAGCAGACAGCCGCAGAUACCACCCACUAUUACAUGCCUUCAGAAUCAAAGGUGGUCAGAAGCACUCAAGUUCUCCACGUGUGUAAGCCCAGAACUGGAGAAUGGAAGAACAAAUGGGAUACAGCCUGCCUACAGACCCAGAGACAUCAUUGUGUUUGAAUGCGACCCUGGUUACACCUUGAGCAGCAGCCCAGAGACUCAGUGCCAAGAUGAUGGUAGAUGGGAUCCUCCUGUCCCUCUCUGUGAAAGAAUGCUGCAGUGUCCCUCUCCUCCAGCCAUCACCAAUGGGAAGCCCAGCGUCCAGGCCUCGGCAGUGUUCACCGCUGGAAUGUCUGUGAAUUACAGCUGUGAGCCCGGCUAUUCCCUUACUGGGCAGGCAUCUAUUUAUUGUACGGCAUCCGGAACGUGGAGCCCUCCCCCCCCUCGGUGUGAAGAGGUUCUCUGCAUCGCCCUAGAAAUCCAACAUGGAAGAAAAGUAGCUGGACGUGGUCCUGUCUAUAGACCCAGGGACACAGUUAGGUUUGAAUGUGAUCCUGGCUACACCCUGAAUGGCAGCCAUCAGAUUCAGUGCCAAGAUGAUAGAACCUGGGAUCCUCCUGUUCCGGUCUGCAUACAGGAGAUCAGAUGUGCAUUCCCAGAAGUUCAAGGUGGCAAGAAGGCAGUAGCGGGAACUACAUAUCGAUUUGGAACUAAUGUUACUGUGGAAUGUGACAACGGUUAUGUGCUAGAAGGCAGCAGUCUGAUACAGUGCCAACAUGACUUUACCUGGAAUCCUCCUGUGCCAGUCUGUAAAUCCCGUUCCUAUAACUUCAUCUCAGGAGUCCUCGGGAUCGUAGGUGGCGUGCUGCUGCUUCUCCUGGUUACCAUCAUUAUCUGGAGGAUUAUGUCUACGCAGAAUGCAGGGUGA